GCACGUAUAUGACAGAUCAAGCUGUCAAGUGACGGCCAAUCGGUACGUAAACAUUACCAUUACCAUUCCUAGAACUAGUGCAGGAUAGGAAGAUGAAAAAAGGGUUUUAAAAGUUCUUUUUAUACCCUGUGUCACUUCGCCCAACUACUGCCCGUUCCGAUUGGACGUUUGGAACAAAUCGUGCUAGAAUGAUCACAGAGCUAGUGAUGAACCGGAUUCGGCAACUUCUGCUAGCAAUCGUGGGUGUGCUAAAGCGUGCGAUGUGUUGCUUUUCCCGCCGCCGGAAACUGUCCGCCAGCGAGUGUGAGGUGCUGAAUACUGUCAGCGUCGAUCGGUACCCGAAUGCGACACGCAGUGCCGGUCACGGUAAGAAUGUGCCGGAGAAGGACUGGAACUCGUGGGACGAUUCACCCAAAACGGUGGAAGAGCACAUAGAACGGUACCGGGAAACGCUUGCCCAACCACCAUCACCGACGGAACCGCAGCCGGAGAUGGACUACUUUCAGGAUAUGACGCCACAGAUCUCAUCGCAACCGAAAAUCUGCAUCGCCACCGAAUCGGAACCGAGCGAUUUUAGUCGCUUGGUGGCCAAAAUUGACAUUCCUGUUGUGAACGAAUUAGAAGACUGGAACGAAGGUGAUAGGAAUGGGUGGGAUGAUGCUGACGAAACCACCACGAAACAGUUAAUACGGGAGACGCGUAAAGAACUGCGGGCCCAGCGGCACCAGAACCGACACCAGCUCGAAACGUCUUACGCAUGAUCGUGUGUGUAGGCAAGCGCCUGCUAACGACUGUACAGAAACAAAAAUGGAAAACGUAUAUACCCUAACAGGAAGAAAAGGAAACAAUUCAAACUGCAACACACCCUACACAUUUGCGCUUUGUCCGCUGCUCCGCGGUGUGUGAGGGGAAUGCAUUUCAUAAACCGGGAGGCGACGUUUUCCGUUAAUCGUAUUUUUAGUAGGCAGAAAGGAACUGUUUUUAAAAUGUAAGAUACAAAAGAAUGAAAAAGGAAAAAAAAACAGUUAGCGAUGGUAAGCGAGAUAGUGUAAAAUAGUCAUUCUCGCGUGUUCGUGCCAGCGUAUUAUUUCGCUACUGAUUUCGAAGCAAAAUUCAUCAAGCUCUUGAGACAUUUACAAGACCAAAUAAAUUGUUUUUAUUUGACUAUUUCGGGUCUGCUUGCACUGUUGUGAAGCGUGUUAAAGAGCACCCAGUCCUUCAGGUAGUCCUGCCUAGUUAUACUUAUUCAAAUCAAAUGCCUCCUGCAAGUGUUCCGCAAAAAAACAAAAACAGCAUGCUAUUUGGAGAGGCUCG